AUGAUAUGGGGUGAUGACGGUGAGACAGGCGACCAUAUUGUGCCUUUUAAAGUAAGAAGUGAACAACUUAAUAGGAAGGAAGGUAGUGAAGAUUCUAAGACAGUUAAGCAAGCUGAGCAGAAGAAUACUGGGACUGAAAUUGGCAUCCAUGACAGUAAAUUGGGGAGCAGUUCGGGCCAUAAUGUUGAUGAGGGGAUUUCUCAGCCAGAUUGCUGUAUGAGCUCAUGGCCUGACUCGUCUAUAUCUAAUGCCAGAGAAGCUGAUCCAGUUUCGAGUGCAACUGAACUUUCAAAAUGCUUAGCUGAGCCAGCCAGAUAUAAUUCAACGAGAGGUGGUGCGUUUCUUGAAACAGUGAUGUUUUCCUUGGAGAAAACGUCUGAACUUGGGAAAGGCCCCGAUAUUUUUCAUAGCACUGAUGAGAAUAAAGAGCAAAGUGAUUUUGAUGAGUAUGGCUGGGCUAGCAUUGGUAGUUUUGAUGAUCUUGAUCGAAUGUUCAGCAAUGAUGUCCCUACAUUUGGCGAUGGUAGUCUCAUCGGUGCUGAUGAGUUAUGGUCUUCUUCUAAAGAUGUAUCCAAUAGUCCAUCAAAAUCGUUACCAUCAAUUUUGGACUCUCAAGAUCUAGGAUUGGAUAUUAGAACUGAGUUUGAGCAAAAAGAGGACCAGCAAUUUCCAUUGACUGUUAAAGGCAACGGUCUGUCAUCCCAAAGUGUACCGAACGUACGGGUAACCCAAAAGUCUGAUCAAUAUCAUAAGAGUCAACCCUUAUCUGAGGACCAGCCAUAUCAACCAAAUAAAAUGAUGAAGUUUUCAAAAAUGUCUGGGACUUCUGAGGCAGGAGCAUUUCAAGACCUGUACAGUCAGAGAACUCCGUCAAGGAAUUCACCUGGAAAAUUUGUAAAUCAGCUGACACCCUCACAAUCCUCUUUGAUGGCUACUAAUCUGCAGAGUGGAUCUCAAGGGUCUGGGACAUCACACUAUCCACAUAUGCCAAACCAAUACAUGGCUGCUUCUGGUUUUGGUAAUCUUACAAAUCCAUAUUCGACUGUGCCUGUACUUUCGACCGUCCAGUGUCCUGAUGUUAAAAAUCAGAUAAUGCAUCCUUCCUACAAUCCUGCUACUGCUAUCUCGGUAAACAUGGCAACAGAUGCCUCUGUACGACCUUCAACAAUGACACCACAGGAAAAACUAGAAAAACUUAGACGCAGACAGCAAAUGCAGGCGAUGCUUGCCAUUCAGAGACAACAGCAGCAAUUUCGUCAUCAGGUGCCUGUUGCAGAUCAAUCCAUCACUCAGAACUGUACCCAAGAUAAUCCACUCCUGCUUGUCAAUAAAAAUAAUCUCCAAAGACUAACUGCAAUGCCUUCCUUUGAUCCUAACUCAUCUUUGGAACUAAAUGAUUCUGGCAACCUUGCUGCCGCUGUUGACAAUUCAGCAGAAUUCUUGGUUCUUUAUCGCCUUCAGGAUGUUGUAGCAAAGUUGGAUAUGGGAGUAAGGACUUGUAUACGGGAUAGCUUAUUCCGGUUGGCUGGUAGCGCAGGUCAGAGACAUCACACUAGUGAUACAGCACACAGUAACAAGACUAGCCAGGAUGCCCAGGAUCUCAAAGAAGAAUCCAGAUAUAGAUAUACUGGCAUGCCAGACUCAGAAAGAGUGACCAAUCCCACAGACAGAACUGUGGCUCAUUUGCUCUUUCAUAGCCCUUUCGAUAUGUUGGCGGCAAAGCAUAUGAAAGGACCAGAGUCACCCGCUUCUUCAAAGAUUGGAACUGGAGAAAAAGGGAAUUUUCCUAAAUGCAGCACACGAGAGAGUUGCAUAAGUAAACAGAAAGCAAAAGAGGAAGAAAGGCCUGCAGGUUCACUUGCUUUAGGGAAUGCACCGAACUCUGGAUCCAGUAGUACCGUUGGUGAGAGGGUUUUUGAAGCAUCCCAAGGAAACAAAAGAAAGUUGUGA